UACAAAUGAAGAAAUACGUUUCAAGCUAACCAUUGAGUUAAAAAAUUCAUUUAUAAAGCAAAAUUGUAUUGUUUUUUGGACGAAGGAAUGCGAGUUAAUUACAGUUAUUUUUACUGAUGCAGCUAAAGCGAGGGGCUUUUAUGACAUCUUAUAUGAACAGCGUUACUACUCCGACGAUGACUAUUCUCUGAAAAUAGACCUCAAAAAUUUGGAAGAAAAAAUGAAACAAUCUUUAAAGGGUGAAUAUAUUUUUGUUAACAUUGAAAAAUAUCUACUUAAAUGCGCAGAAGAUUGGGAACAAAAAUGUUGUCAGUUUUAUGCGCCGAUAUCCAUUCUUUGCCAGAGCAGUGGGUAUGGAAAAACAAAAAUCAUGUUUGAAAUUGCAAAAAAAUAUCCUACUAUUUUUAUUUGUUUGAGAAAGAAAAAAAGUGGAUUUCCUUAUCGCUCAAGUUUGGCAAAUAUAUUUGAUACAAAAAUGGAAAAACUAGAUACUGCAUGUAUUUUCUUUUUGGCAGCUUUAAAAUGUGCUCUAGAUUUAAUUAGCGAAAUUAAUGAAAGUUUUAACAAUCAAAAUAAAACAACGGAAGACAUAAGAAACCAUAUUGCUCUAGAGUUUGGUAAAACACAGCCAUGGCUCAAAAAAGACGAAAUGGAUGAAUUUGUUUUUGAUAACGAGACAUUAAUUGAUAAUCAAAUACAAUUAAUCAACAGCAAUCAAGAAAGAUUAUUUAAUGAGAUAAUUCCUAAAAUUCGAAAAGAAUGCAACGAUUUAACUAGUCAAAUAAAUUCACCUCUAUUUUUUGCAUUUGAUUAGUCUGAUUAUUUGCCAACUUCUUUUGCUGUUUACAAAAACCACUCAAAAAAAUGUUCUUUCUAUCAGUUAUUGAGGAAAGUGUUUCGUAAAUGUUUUCUUUGCACGAAAAUUGCGUGUAUUUUAACUGGUACAAGCUUUUCCAUCAUUAACUUUAAUAUGAGUGAAAUAUCACCAUCACAACGAACGAGCGAGCCAGUUAAACUUAAUUAUCCUCCUUACUUUAAAAUCUUAUUUAAUGAUUUCUUUGUACCAAACA